AUGACUUCUCGCUCGCCGUCGUACAAGGUGGACCACAUCGGGCGGACCGUCAAGUCUACGAAGCUCCGCCACGCCUGGACGUUGUACCUCUGUGAGGCUGAGGUCAAGGUGGAACUUGAGCACAGCCGGCUGACUGGCAAAAAGAAGGUUCUGGUUGAUGGGAAGCUGCUCUUCUCAACCACAGACAAAAACCUGCACUGGUGUUGGGAGCAUCCAGUUUCCAAAGCUCGAAUCACAUUGAACUCGGAGAACGGCAAGCACGUCCUAAGAUGUGAGGAGCCCGAGAUUGCCAAAGACGCCAUAGAAGGAGAUUCAGACAGAUCCCCAGCUGUGGCGUUUUCCAGCUUUGAGCCCGAGACUUACGUCACAGAGCCUGUGCUAGAAGAGGCUUCAAUGCAGGGAGAGGAAGCCGCGGACAAUGAACUAUUCUCCUCUGGGUAUUCUGACAGUCCUGUCAGACAAAAUCUUGCAAGCAAGUACGCGAAUUGUGAGAACGACAUGCAGGACCGAGAUGAUAUUGACUACGAUGCCGAGAUCGCAGAGGAGGCCAAACCCUCGGUUCCGUCGUACCUUGUGACGCGCCCUCAGCGUAAAAGUGCUCUUCAGGAGAUAUCGGCAGAGACCGCGCGACUGAAUGCCUUGCUCGGUGUUAAGGAUGCGCAGAUAGCUGCCUUGCAAGAUGAGCUGCGGAGAUGUGCUGUGGGGAGAGAGGCCAGUGGACCCAUCGAGGCGGUGCCAACGGUCGAGAUGGAGGUCACAGUGCCCGUGCCCCUAAGCCCCAUUCAGCAGCUGGAGGGCCCAUCGGCAUCGCCAUCGCCACAGUUGCCACCUCCGCAGCUUGUUGCAAGCGUUGCCUCGGAGCACUUCCUGGUUGCAGAGCUGCCGUCAACUCCCAUCCUUUAUCCCAAGGCCAGCCGUGCCUUGUUGGCGAAGCCGGCUGUGAAUCCGCUGGACCUUGAGGAGUUGGAUGUGACCCACCGGCGGGGGCCUGCCGUCGCUCACUUUGCUCCGGAGCACAGGCAUGCGCUCAAGGCUGCAUGCCCUCUCCACUUCUGGUCCAGCGCUACGUUUCGACGCCGCGGCGGUGCGCUGGACCAGUGCAGGGUGACGUGGCAGCGGCAGAGCAACGGUGUGCAGAAGGAGCUCGAGGGAGGGCCGGCAGCAUGCCGCCUGUACACUGGGCCUCUCCUGGGCCAGCGUGGCCUUGGCCCUGAGUCCUCCGAGCCGAAUGCUCGUUCUUCCGGAAGGCACGGACGAAGCUCGGCGCCCCCUCAGAACGCUCGGAGUGUCUCCGUACAGCCACAGCCCUGCUGGAGCCAAAGGAGCCGCACACCUGGGCGUGCGACCCGAUCAAUAACGCCCAGACGGGAUGCACGCCAGUGCAGGCCCAGGCACCCGUCUUCCAGAUGCCGCCAACCCGAGCAGUGCCGGCGGUGCCUGCAUUACAAGGUUGCCCACCUCCUUGGCAGCCAGUUCCUGAGUGGAGGCGACACAGCGUCGGAACGUCCCGUGCUCCUGAGUGGCCCGGGUCCGGCCUACGUCCUGGUGCAUUGCUGCCUCCCGCCGGAGCCUGAAGAGCAGUUGGUGUUCACUCUUCAGUUCACUUGUGGCUUGUGCUGCUUGGACCCCAAGUUCAAGGGCAAUGUGCCGGUGAUGGCGCAUCCAUCAGUGGUGCAGGGCGUGCAGCGCUGCAGGCUGAAUCAGGUGGGUGCCAUGGCUGGGAUUGCCCCAGACUUAAGGCGCGGCGAAGCCUUUCAGCACUUCCAGAACAUGAUCGGAAGCUUAUUACCAGAUGGCAAGGUUCCAACUCCCAUGAGCUUGUUUGCAGAGUUGGUGGAGGAAGGGGAGGAUGCAGAAGGGCUGGUGCACGUCGAGGACUUGGGACAUGAGGUGACCCUCCAGGAUCUGGAAGAGGCUUUAGCAGAGCUCGCAGCGCAAAACGAGCAGCUGGAAGUGGACUGCCGAGGUCUGGAGGCCCACUGUCGCGACUUGGAGCGUGCCGGCUGGCCGGUGCCCUGCAAAUUGGCCGACGUCAUCCGAGCAUCAGAAACGGUGGAAGAGGUGCCGGCACAGGGCCAGGGCGGCCAGGGCGAGCCUGAUGCUGUCUCCGAGUACAUGUCGAUCGUACUGGCUGCAGAGGCCGCUUUGAAGGCCUCGGAAGCUGGUGGAAGUGCAGUACAGGCAGCAGAAGUUGGAAAAGCUUUGGCAACUGCAUCUUCUGGAGUGGAGCCGGGACGAUUCCAGGAACUAGCAUUACCUGUGAUCAGUCGUGCGGUUUCGGCCGUGUUUUGUGAUGACGGAGAUGCGCCGUCGGCAGCACGAGCUGCAGCGAAUGCGGCCGUGACGGCUGGUCUGCAGCCCGAUGCUGCGGCUUCGGCCGGGUUUGUUGCAGCAGGGAUGGUUGCCGGAAAGCACGCGCUGCGAAAUGGAAAGGACAUGAAGCACGCAGCCGAGCUUGGCUGGAAGACUGCCCUGGAGCUUGCCCAAGCUGGAGGCCUUUCCAAAGAUGCGGCUACACAAGUUGCGGCGCAGGCGGCGAGCGAGAUCGCUUCAGAAGCAUCGCGCAGCGCGGGCAAAAUCUGUGAGCGGGUGGUCGAAGAUGCUGCAGAAGCUGCGAAGCGGGCAGCGAAGGCUUCGCCGAGUUUGUCCACACGCCUUGGUGUAGAGGCCGCUGGCCGAGCAGCAGUGAGCACGGUUGCAUUGCAAGCACCUGCGCUGGAUGCCUUGCAGAUUGCAAAGCAUGCCAGCUGUGCGAUCGCCGCCAUUGCUCGUGAGGCGAUCCCUGGUGCAGAGGAAGAGGUGGUCAAAGAGGUUCACCGAGCGACGAGCCGUGUAAUGGAAGAGGCAAUGAAUGUGGUGAUCGCAAAAGCAUCGCACAGCAAAGAGGCCGUUCUCGGUCAAUCGCCGGAAUUAUCGCCGAACGUGCCGAAUCAGCAGAAUGAUCAAGAGGACAGAGUGAAGGAGUUGAUGAAGGCUCGUGAGAAGUCUUUUGCAGCUAUGGCCGACAUGCAGGAACGUUGUGCCUGCCAGCAGACUGAGAUGGAGCGCUUGGUACGAGAGCGAGCCGGCGAUCAAGAGGAGCUACUGAAGCUGCGUCAGCAGCUCCGCAACAUGGAGCAGCAGUUGCAGGAAGCCGAAGCGCGGGAGCAGCUGCGCGAAGGCGAGCACAUGGACAGUCUGAGUGCCACGACUGGAGACGACACUUCGUCUUUGGCCGACAGCUUGGCUGGGAGCGUGCGCAGAAUGCGGAAGAAGAGGAAUGCUCGUGCAGGGCACAAUUUUCGACAGGCAAAGUGCUUGGACGAAGGUGUAGACGUAGGCACAACCGAGGGGGAUGCUGAUCCCGAAGAAAGGCUGAUCCGGAUCCUGGUUGCCAAAUCGCAUGCAUCACCGCUCUGGCGUGACUUGCUCAUCUUUAUACUCGAGAAAGCGGGCCACGCAAGCUCAGCACCAAUCACAACGGAAGCCGAAAUAAAGAAGGAGCUGCAGCUCAUGGCCUAUCAAGUCAAGGACAAGCUAGGUUCGCUCGAGGGCACAACGCCGUCACAAGAGGGCAUGCUAGAGACUAUGCUGAAGACAGUCGGGAAGGUCACUGAUCAGGCUGUGGAUUCCGCCGUUUUGUACGUGACGCAAGAUUCGCCGGCACCAGAGGCAUCAUCGCACGAUCCAGAGGUCGUCGUUAAGGAGGCCUUUGCACCCGAGCGGGUAGAUCCGGCACAGGCCGGCGCCGACGCGUUCAAGCAGAAUGCUCGGCUUCGGCUGGCAGCGCGCCGCAACCGUCAAAGAGGCAGUGUGUUGAGCGUUGCUGCUUCCGUCUCCUCCAAGCCGGGCGGCUGA